AUGAUUCACCUUGAUGUGGCCGACGACAUUUGUGCUCUCGUGGCUAGCGAGAACGAGACGAACGACGACGGCGUCGUGGUGAAGUGUCACCACAACGUCGAGGUCAAAAGCAAUGAAUAUAAAGUCGUGGUUAAUAGUCACCACGACUAUGAAACCAAGAUCGACGACUGCUACUUCAUGAUAAAACGUCUUCACGACAACAAGACAGAGAGCGACGACGACAGCGUCGUGGUCAAAGGAUAUCAUAACGACUACGCGAACGAGAGUGGUACCGCCGUAUCGUCGCGCCACGAAUUACUGCGGUCUUCCGCUCUUGCAAGCUGCGUCCAUACUUUCCAAUCCAGAGCUGUUCGUAUUCGCCGAGUGAAUACUCAGCGACAUGCUGUCGCCAAUCUGCGCGAGUUGGACUUGGCAUUUAGUCACAAGAGUAACAAGAUUUCGUGCACGUGGACGUAG